AUGGAACUAAAAGGAUAGAAAAGCAAAAGCUUGAUGGAUGAAUCGAGAGCUCUACUGUACUAUAUACAUUCUUUCCUUAGCAAGAGCUAACCAUUUACUCUACAAGUAUAGCAUGUUGCAGAAUAAUCAACGAAGAUGUGGAAAAAGCAAGUGUCUUAGGAGCAAAAGAAGAAUGGUGUGAGGAUGCCUGGAAAUCAUGCAAAAUGGAGAGUUAGGAUUAGAGUGGGGAUGAAACCAAGUCAAAAUUGGAUUUAUUGAAGAAGACAACUUUCAUAGGUGUGGUAUAAAUCCCUACAGAUUGAUUCGAGGUGGAAGAGCCAUUAUCAUUCCAUGUUUUCAGAAAGUUCAGAAAAUGCCACUUAAUGUUUUAACAUUAAACAUUCAAUCUCCUAAAGCCUAUACUCACCAUGGUGUUCCUAUUGUAGUGAGUGGAGUGGCACAAGUGAAAAUCAAUUCUCAAAAUGAGGACAUGUUACGUCAAGCAUGUGAGCUCUUCAUGGGGAAGAAAGUCGACGAGAUUAAAAACAUUGCUUUGGAGACGAUGGAAGCUCAUCAACGAUCGAUUUUGGCAACGAUGACGGUCGAGGAAAUUUAUCAAGAUCGAAAAAAAUUUGCUAAAAGUUUGUUUGAGGUUGCGUCUGCUGAUCUUAUAACAAUGGGAAUAUCAGUGAUUAGUUACACUUUGACUGAUAUCAGGGAUGAUUUGGAUUAUUUAAAGUCGUUGGGCAAACGUCGAACGGCCGAGGUGAAGAAGGAUGCCCGUAUUGGUGAAGCAGAGGCAAGCAGAGAUUCUGGAAUUAAGACCGCGCUUGCAGAUCUUGCAAGACUGGAGGCGAAAUACGAAAACGACAUAGAAAUAUCACGUCAAGAACGCGACUUUAAGAUUAAAGAUGAGACUUAUAAUCGUGAGAUCAAAACGAAGGUUGCCACGUCCGAGCUCGCUUACGAUCUUCAAGUUGCCGUAACGAAGCAGUCUAUUAAAGAGGAAGAAAUGGCGAUUAAGAUUAAGGAACGUUCUCAAGAGAUCAAAUUGGAACAAGAGGAAAUUCUCAGACAGGAAAAGGAAUUGGAAUCUAAAGUAAAGCUUCCUGCUGAAGCAACUAAAUAUGAGAUGGAAAAACUCGCUGAAGCAAAUCAACAGAAAGUUAUUUUACAGGCAGAGGCAGCGGCAGAAGCAAUUAAGCUAAAAGGCGAGGCCGAAGCGUUUGCCAUUGAAGCAAAAGCGAAAGCAGAGGCGGAACAGAUGGUAAAGAAAGCUGAUGCUUGGAAGGAAUACCAAGAUGCUGCUGUCGUCGACAUGUUUCUGGAAACUUUACCCAAGGUUGUUGCCGAGGUGACUCGACCUGUGGCAUCAUCUGCUAAGAUCACCAUGGUUUCGACGGGAGAUGGUCCAAUCGGCAUUCAGAAAAUGACGCAAGAGAUUUUAGGGGUUGUGAAAGAUUUGCCUGAAACUAUGACUGAUUUGACAGGCGUCGAUAUUACCAAGACGGUGAAAAAUCAAAGACAAUAAACGAUGGGAAUGUUUAAUGGGAAGUACAAAUGAAUCAACAUGUGUUUGUAUCAUCGCUGGAAGGUGAUUGCAUUUAUAAUCUAUAAAAUAUAGUCACAGUACGCGAGAAAUUUUAAAAGAAAUGUUUAACUCAGUAACCAAUAUACAGGCUUUCAUGUGGAAUGACUAAAAUGUAAAGGACUCUGUUGAUAGGUAGGUAGCGUACAGUGUGAUGAAUGUAAUAAUUGUAUAAGUUUUUCUGCUUGGAAAUAACAAAUUUGAAUGAUUUUUGACCAGCCAGAUCACCGAAGCCUUUUGAGCUGGAAAGUAAUGUUGUGAAGUCAUCUGUCCUGAAAAUGAAAAAUUCAAAAAAAAUCCAAA